GCCAGAUUAAACUGCGCACCGUUUUGGCAAGAGUGUUCGUAAUCCCUUCAUUUCUAUACGAUUUGAGAGAAAUCAGCCUCACAACCGCCAUAAUGCUCGGCACGAUACGUAAACAGCUUAAAAGCCACCCAGCUCUGAUCCCCCUUUUCUUCUUCAUUGGUGGAGGAGCAGCCAUGUCUAUGAUGUACCUCGCACGUCUGGCCUUGAAAAACCCUGAUGUCUGCUGGGAUCGCAAGAACAACCCAGAGCCCUGGAACAAGAUGGCCCCUACCGAUCAGUACAAGUUUUUCACAGUUAACAUGGACUACAGCAAGCUGAAGAAGGAGGGCCCCGAUUUCUAAAGAUCACAUCUGCUGGACCAAAAGCACAAAGAUGAGCUGAUCCGCACAGCCCCGGUUUGAACUUCCUCCAGGAACUGAGAGAUGCAGAGGCUAAACCCGCACAACGAUUCAUAUUUAAGUUUCCUCAUUGCAUCUCAUUGGCUUGUUGAAACCAUGUCUCUUUAUUUCUCAUUAUAAGUGGUUGUCAAUAAAGUGAAGGAGUCUUUUCUCCUCCAUACAGA